UCUCACUAGACCGCGUGCGAAACCGCAUCCUCGCCCGGAGGCCUCUUCAAGAUGGCGGCGCCCAUGAACCGCCGCGCCUGAGGAGAGGGGCCCGGUGCGCGGCGACGACGCCAUGAGGCAGGCGGCCCCCCUCUCCUCAGCGCCUGUCAAAGGCCUGGCCCGAGCAAAGAGACGAGGGAAGAAUCAGAAGCAGGCCGGGCAGCUACAGAAGCUAGGGCUGGCGGUGCGAGAAUUCGUGGAGGCGGCGGCGGCGGGGGGCCCCGGUGUGUUGGGCGGUCCCGGGCUCUCCGGGGCCCCGCUGCAGCAGCCGAAAUGGAGCGGCCGACGGAACCGGCGGGAGCUGAAGCGGGAGAAGCGCAAAUUGAAGCGAGGCCGCCGCCGCCUUCUCCUUAGCGGCAAGGAGGUAGCUGAGGGGCGAAAUUAUCCGCCGCCUGGCCCAGCUUCGCCAGCCUCGGGCAAGAAGCAGCCGCCGCCGAAGAAGAAGAAGGAGGCGCCGCAUCCGCAGGCCCCGGAGCCGGAGAAGGGUCCCCCCGCGGAGAAAGGGCGGCCCAGGCCGGGCCCCUCGGCGACGUCUUUGUCGCGCAAGCGGGCCCUUCUGGCGGCCAAUGAGGCGGAGGAGCGGGAGAUCCGGCGGCUGGAGAGGCAGCUGGGCCUGAACAAGCGUCGGAAGAAGCAGGCCGGGGACGGGGAGGCAGGCCUGCCGCAGAGCUUCUCCCGCGACGGGUUGGGCUACGUGCUGGGAGCUCUGGGCUCGGGGGCCGCCUUCUCCGGCCUGGACGAGAGCAGCGGGGGAGAGGGCGAGGAGGGGCUGGAGGGAGAGUCCGGGGAGGAAGAUGUGUCGGCUGCCGAGGAAGAGUCGGGGAGUUCAGAAGAAUCCGAUGUGGAAGGAGGAGGCGAGGCGGAGGAAGGAGAAGGGGAGGCCCCUCACGGCUCCUCCGGAAGCCCUGAGCCGGGAGCAGCGGGGCCCGCGUCGCCCAGAGAGGAAAAGGAAAAGGAGGGGAUUUGCCAUGCUGCUACGAAGUAUGUUCCUCCUCAGAUGCGAAGGUCUGAAGAGACGGAGGAUGCAAAAAAGAGAGAAGAACUAGAAAGACUGAAGAAAACAUUGAAAGGGCUCGUUAACAGGUUGAGUGAACCUAACCUGUCUUCCAUAAGUGGGCAGCUGGAGGAACUGUACAUGGCAAACAGUCGAAAAGACAUGAAUGAGGCCCUGACCGAUAUUCUCACGAGUGCUUGUGUCACAGCCUCAGUGAUGCCCCCCAGACUGAUGAUGGAGCAUGUCCUCUUAGUUAGCAUCCUUCAUAAUACUGUGGGGAUUGAGGUUGGCGCUCACUUUUUGGAAACAGUGGUGAGGAAAUUCGACGACGUCUACAGAGGCAAGCUUGAAGGGAAAGAAUGUGAAAACCUGCUUACCUUAAUUGCUCAUUUAUAUAAUUUUUACGUCGUGCACUCACUGCUGAUCUUUGACAUCUUAAAAAAGCUUGUUAGCACUUUUUCUGAACAGGAUAUUGAGCUAAUUCUGCUGCUGCUGAAAAAUGUGGGAUUUUCCUUGAGGAAAGAUGAUGCUCUGGCACUGAAAGAGCUUAUUACUGAGACCCAGAAAAAAGCAAACGCUGUAGGGAAGCAGUUUCAGGACCAGUCAAGGGUUUGCUUUAUGCUGGAGACCAUGCUGGCACUGAAAAAUAAUGACAUGAGGAAAAUCCCUGGUUAUGAUCCUGAGCCGGUUGAGAAACUACGGAAGUUGCAGAGAACAUUGAUUCAUAACAGUGGUUCUGGGAAAGAGGCUCAGCUUCGUGUGUCAUUGGAAUCUCUCCUCAGUGCUGGUCAGGUUGGCCGUUGGUGGAUUGUGGGUUCCUCUUGGAGUGGAGCUCCAAUGAUUGACAGCUCCAGCAACAAAGCUCAACAUAUACUACCUACAGGAAAGGUAAAUGUGAUAACUUAUUUCCACAGGCUUGGUCUUAAAGAUCAGCAGGAGAGAGAAAUUGUCCACGUCCUCAUAGAUUGUUGCCUACAGGAGAAGACUUACAACCCUUUCUAUGCGUAUUUGUCUGCCAAGUUCUGUGAAUAUGAUAGGAGAUUCCAGAUGACAUUCCAGUUCAGUAUGUGGGACAAAAUCAGAGAUCUGAGAAACCCGUCCAGUACCGCUUUCUCCAAUUUAGUUAAUCUGUUGACUCAUCUGUUAAAGACUAAAUCUGUCUCCCUUGCUGUUUUCAAGGUCAUUGAGUUCAGUGAACUAGACAAGCCAAAAGUGCACUUUUUACGGCGAACUUUAUCUACACUUUUCCUAAAAACAGACCCAGAAGAACUCUGCUACAUCUUUGGAAAAUUGGCUGAGAACCCCAAGCUAGGAAUGCUGUAUGAGGGCCUGAAGCUUUUCCUCUCCCACUUCUUGCUGAAGAAUAUUCAAGCCAACAAAAGUGCCUCAGAAGCUUCUCUGCUAAAGGAGCGAAUUGAAGUAGUAAACAGGACUUUGAAAGCAAAAGAAUCAAGAGUAAAGUUAUAGCACCACAAGCUUAUCAGAGACUGUUGUGUGGGAAAUGGGGGGCUUAAUUGAAAGCCCCGUUAAUUGAAUCUGACCAUCAUUAACAAACAGAAGACUUCCCAUGCAGUCCUAAAGGGGUUGCACCUUUCUAAGUCCAUUGACUUCAGUGCAUUUAGAAUGGAGUAAUUCUCCUUAUGGUUGCUCUGUUGAUGUUCAGAACCUUCACAUUCGGAGCUGGAUUCUACCCAUGUUUGAAUGGUGAUGGUGACGGCUGAGUACAGGGAAAAACCCAUUAAUUCUUUAACCUCCUGUUUAUAGGGAGAAAGUAGAAGGUGAAAUCACUGGUGAAAGCUAAAUAACUUGUAAAGUGUGUCUUUCUUUAAUAAACAGUUUUAGUUU